UCCCAGCCUGCCUUGCGUCACACUGACGUCAUAUUCCCGCGUCUCGGUUGUCGGCUCCUCUUCUCGCUCCGCAGAUCGUCGUCGUCGAUUCUCUGGAUCAUAACCCGCCCGGUGCGCGAUGGGUCCCGUCGAGCUCCUCCACAUGUCCGUCUUCUCUCAGAGCUUCUCUCCCUGUGGUCGCUUCCUGGCGGCCGGGAACAACUACGGACAGAUCGCCCUCUUCAGCCUGUCAGCAGCCCUGAGUCCAGACGCCACCACGCGGAGUCAGAAACCUGUCCUGACCUUCACCGCUCACGACGGCCCUGUCUUCUCUCUGGUGUCGGCAGACGGUCGCCUGCUGAGCGCAGGAAACGGCGAGGUCAGCGCCUGGAGCUGGAGCGACCUCAUCAAGAAGAACGUCAGAGCUCUGUGGACAAGACGACCAAAGUACAAGUCCAGUCUGGAGAUCCCCGAGAUCAACUCCAUGGUCCUCCAGCCCAGAGACAACAGUCUGGUGAUCGGGGGAGGAGACAACAACGUCCACAUCCUGGACCUGGAACACGGAGUUUUCAAGUCCGUCCUGCAGGGUCACUCUGACUACGUCCACUGUGUGAGCGUGAGGGACCGGGAGUCUGAGAUCCUGUCCGGGGGGGAGGACGGGGCCGUGAGGAUGUGGGACAGCAGGACGGGUCAGAGCGUCCACUGCGUUGAGGUGUACAAGUACGAGAGCUGCGCCCGGCCUCAGUACGGGAAGUGGAUCAGCUGUUUGACCACCGACUCCGACUGGAUGCUCUGUGGCGGAGGUCCGUCUCUGUCGCUGUGGCAUCUCCGCUCGCUGUCGCCGACCUCUACCUUCCCGCUGACGGGCUGCCAGCGACAGGCCGCCUUCCACCAGGACAUGAUCCUGGCGGUGGGCGACGGAGCGUCAGUGUCUCACUGUCUGCUGGCUGGAGAGGUGAAGGCUCAGAUCCCCUGUUCUCCUCAGAGCCUCAACACUCUGCAGCUCAACACCAACAGCUCCGAGCACCAGGUUCUGACGGUCGGAGGCAGCAGCAGCCACAUCGACGUCUUCACCAACCUGUCGUACAGAGCGUUUUCACUCAGCUUCUAAACAAAAAAACACACACACACACACACACGACGCUCUGAAUCAUCGCUACACAACUUUUUAUCAUUUAUUCUGAAAAUAAAAUAUUUUUGUUUUA